CAUGAAAUCUGCAAAUCACAAAUGGGUACACACACAAAAGAAACAGUACAUUAAAUAAAAAAAUUGAGAUCACUUUGAAAAUUCGUUAUACGAGUACACCACUUUUUAUAUUUCCACAUUUCUCUCUCCUAUAUUUGCUACUUCCAGCUUACAGUAUAUGGUAGUGGGAUAACGACAUCUUUGAGCAACAAUAAAGUUUCAUUUUUUUCUUACUUCAAAUAUAUUCUAAUACCCAUUUAAGAAUUCAAGAAAAUUGCUCAGAGAAAUUUUUUCUAUUAUAAAAAAAAAAUAAAAAACUUCAAAGUUGAAAUUUUUAAUUAAUUAUUAGUUUAGAUUAUCUCAUUUUAUGAAGCCCUUUUAAUGAUAUCAAUCAUCAUCAACUCCUGUAAUCACAAGAUAUGAGCUGUGGCUGCUUUGGAAGCCCUUUUACACAGAAGCAAAAGAGUCUUACCCCACCUCCCAGAGAAGUAGAGGGGAAGGUGCUUGAGAACAUCAGGCAUUUCUCCUACAAUGAGUUAAGAGUGGCAACAAAUGAUUUCAGUUUGAGCAAUAAGAUAGGGCGUGGAGGAUUUGGAACAGUAUACAAGGGGAUCUUCAAAAGUGGACUACAAGUUGCUGUGAAAGCACUCUCUGCUGAAUCAAAGCAAGGAGUGCGUGAAUUUUUGGCUGAAAUCAAUACUAUUUCUAAUGUGAGGCACCAGAACCUAGUCGAGUUGAUUGGAUGUUGUGUUGAAGGAACUAACCGCAUUUUAGUAUAUGAGUAUGUAGUAAACAAUAGUCUCGAUCGUGCAUUAUUAGGUUAUACUAGUGACCGUAGUAAACUGAACUGGGAAAGAAGAUCUGCUAUAUGUUUGGGUACUGCUAGGGCUCUUGCUUUUCUUCAUGAAGAACUUGUGCCACAUAUUGUGCAUAGGGAUAUAAAAGCAAGCAACAUACUUCUUGGUGAAGACUUUGCACCAAAAAUUGGAGAUUUUGGGUUGGCAAAACUUUUUCCUGAUGAUAUCACUCAUAUUAGCACGAGAAUAGCUGGAACAUCUGGUUACUUGGCACCAGAAUAUGCUUUGGGUGGUCAUUUGACCAUGAAGGCAGAUGUUUACAGCUUUGGUGUGCUUAUACUUGAAAUAGUUAGUGGCCAAAGCAAUUCAAAGUCAAAUUGGGGUGGAUCAAAUAAGCUUCUUCUCGAAUGGGCAUGGCAGUUGUAUGAGGAAGGGAGAUUACUGGAGCUAGUGGAUUCAGAAAUCGGAGAAUACGCAGUAGACGAGGUGUUUAGAUACAUGAUAGUGGCUUUCUUCUGCACACAAGCAGGCGCUAACAGAAGGCCGUUGAUGAGUCAGGUUAUCCAUAUGCUCUCUACAAAAACACGACUGAACGAGAAGCAGCUGGCAGCCCCGGGGUUCAUUGCAGAUACUGGUGUUAACUCAAAGGAGAAGAUAUCUGUUGGCUCUAGCUCUUAUCAAUUUAGCUCUGCACCUGUCUCCAUUACUGAGAUUGUCCCCAGAUGAAGAAUGAAGUUUACACAAUUCUUUUAUUGAUUGUUCAACAUAUAGCUUCUUACUGUAUUUGUUAAAGUGCUGCUUUAGCAGCAGUAUUGCUGCAUGGAUAUGGGUUUAUGUUCAUGGAUACCACAACACUCCUCUUCGGACCGAGCUCCGGACAAGCACAGGCGGAGCUAAGACUGGCACAUAGAUAUUCUUCUAUAGUUGCAUAAAGUUCUUUUCUCCUUUAUGGCAGAAAUUACAUAGAGAAUUCAUAAGUACUUGAUUCUAGACAUUGGAAUGAGGAUGGUGCAAUUAAAUUUUGUAUUUAAGGAGUAAAUGAAAGAUGCAUACUCAUUUACGUAUUGAAUGAGUUAUAGCAAUACUUGGUGAUA